UUGCUGCUCUACGAACGGUGGAUGUACACGAUCGUACCUGUCUGCCGCUGGCUGUGUCGCACUGCAAUCGACGCGCGAGCAACAACGGGGCAGGCGACAACGACGGCGACGGUGGCGGCGGAUGAGAGUGUCCUUUUGUGGUGCAUGCAUCACGUUGCGACGCGCGGAUACUCCGACGGGGCCCAUUGCGGGGUCCAAGGAUGGUGAGCUCUCGCACAUCCACUGUGAACGUCACGUCCACCGUUAAUGGUAGCGGCGUAGCCGACGGCGCAGGGAACACGUCGCGCGAGGACGAGAGACGCGCGACGAACGGCGUCGGCGUCUCUCAAGAGUGGAAUCAGAGCGGGCCGCCCUCGCUCUCGACGUCGGUCGAUCUGCAUAAUUUCGACAGUUCGACUCUCACAGAUUCAGGACGGUAUUCCGCAAGCCCGGACGAUCACCAGGCCACAUCGGUUAAUGCUGCCACAAUCAAAAUCGGCUGUCACGACGAAGAGGAGAGCUACGAAGGUUUUGGUUCCGUUGAAGGCGAUUCGGUGGAUGAUGGACCGGAGUCGCCGGGCGGUAGCAGUUCCACGCCCUCGCCAACCGGUACCAACUUGCACAGAAAUCUGAGGAGUCCGAAUUCCACCAUUGGAAAACAUUCCUGGUUGCGUACGUCGCUGCGAAGAACGCCUCCUUGUUCGGGCAGAAAGAGGCUCAGUUCUAACGCUUUAGCAAGCCAACUUUAUCGCAGUGGCAGCUUCAACAGCUCUGGAAUGGGUUCGAAUUACGAUGCUACGGACGAUGUGUAUAGCGAUGUAUCCUUGGAGGACGUCAUGGAUCUCAGCCAUAAAGUUCAAAUGAUCCAAGAGCAAAUGGAUGCUUUAGCGGAUACUAAGUCGGUCGGUGAGGAAAGGUACGCUCGAGCGAAGCAAGAAAAUGCAACAUUACAGGCGCGAAUAUUGAUGCUCGAGGAAGCGGCCAAAGAUGCAGAAACGAGAGCCGAAGAGAGGCUUCAAGCCGAACAACGAAGACAUCGGGAAAGGGCGUGUCGCUUGGAACGUGAAUAUCAGUUGCAACUAGAGAACUGUAACAUCAAGCUGCAGGCAGCGGAGUUGGACAGUUCCAGUUUGCGGGAGGAGAUUGUGCGAGUACGCGAACAGCUCGAGAGAGCGAGGACGGAUAAAACGCGGCUCGAGAAUGAUCUCCGGGAGGCCAGGAGGGAAGCGGACGCCGCGCGCGAAAGUGAACGUCAUGCGAUAAGCCGAGCUAACGAGGCUCAUCAUAUGCUCGAUGUUAUGAGAGAGGAACUUUCGUUACGGAGUGAGAAUCAGCAGAGGCUUGAGGAACUGGUGCAGCAGGUGGCUGAACUUCAAGCUCGCAAUAAAAGCUUGGAAGAAUCUCGAGAUGAACUACAAGCUGCUGCGGCGUUACAGGCAGGCCGUGAACUUAUAAUGCUGAAUCCUUGUAAUAAUAACGCUGAAAAGGGUCCUAGUCUUGCUGUGGAAUUGUUAGCCGGCAUGAAUCCAGAUCAGAUAGAUGGCCAAGGAGAGCUCAGUGAACUGUGCACGAUGGCUGAAUUAAAACAAGCCCUAAAGGAGCAGCAAGAAGUGAACACGCAGUUAAGAACAUACAUCGAUGGAAUAUUAUUGAACAUCGUAGAAAAUUAUCCGCAAUUGUUAGAAGUGAAACAAAUGCACUGAUACAUAGCACAUAAUCUACCAUUACAUUAUGUUUUAAUGCUUUCAAGGCAAUUGUACAUUAACUUUCUUUGAAUUGAAGAGACUCGAGGGGGCUGCCUAGAACUUGACCAAUAUUGAUAUGUGUUUUAUAGAUUAAUAUUUUCGAAUAGUAUUUGAAUACGUAGAGCGCAAAAGCACAUUUAAAAGUCAAUUUUAACUAAAGUCAAGCCUUUUUAAAGCAAUAGUUCCCGCAUAAUGUAAAACUUUAAAAGACGUCUAACUAACUUCGCAGAAGGAGCCUUUUCUAAUUAUAAGUGUCUAAGACAUUUCUUCAGAUUUCCCUGUUUAUCUUAUCAGAAUCAAAAUUCACGUGAUCGUUUAAGCUCUAGGCAGCAACCAUCUCUGUUCAUCU